UAGUAGAUAUUUGCCUUAAUAUGUAUCGAUAUACGAAAAAAUUACCCAAGCGUUACAUAUGUUUAGAUGGAUUCAAAAUAUAGUAUGGGGAACUGAAGAUGGAGCAGGUCCAGAUAGAGAUGAACUCGAGCUAGGGCACCAUACACACUAUGAGUUAGCUAAACUAAAUCAGGAUCUUGACGCUAAUAGAAAGGAAAUCACACGUUGUCAGACUGAACUUGCUCGCACACGCGCUAUGAUUGUGCGCCUGUUGGAGGAAACUGAAGCAAUUCUCAUUGAAAGCUACGACUCACUUCUACAGAAUCGUGGAAAUUUAGAGGUAUCUGGAGAAAGGGAUGAUGGAUGCGAAACAGCAGAAUCAAGGUUCAUGUGCUCACUAGAUGAUGAACCCUUAGAAAAGGAGCGUUACGAAGUCCGUCAACAGGCAAAUAUGUAUAUGGAAACUCUCUACAAUGUUGCGGACGAGUUGUCAAAUCGCAUUUUUAUAUUAGAGAUGCAGGUGCUCUGUCAGAAAGCUGAGCGCGAUUCCUUGAUUCUUCAACUUCAGGGUAACAACAUGGAACUGGAACCUAUGCCACCUGAAGACCAGCCCCCCUCAUCUAUUGUAAUUGAUACGAGAGAAAAAUGGAAUGCUUCCCUUUAAUUAAAAAAAAUGAAAAACAAACAAACGAGACACAACAUUGUAAACUGAAAUAACUCGUUUAAUAGACUUUCGUUUUUUUAUUACUUUUCACUGAGCAUUUGUCCUCGAUUAUACGCCUAAUAAUGAUACCUUAUGCCUAUUUUAAAAAAUUUGCGCUACAAAAAAACACCUAUUUUAUUAUUGUCAGCCACUUCGUGUGGCCUUAUGAAUCGACAAAGAUCAUAAAUCUUCAAAAAAAAAAACGAAUCGAUAUGUCAAUGAUCUGGGAUCUCAAACCAAUAAUAAAUAUCACUCUUGGAAGUGAAGUUCCGCGCAGGGCCCUUGAACUACCCUGUUAGUACUUACAAGUCGACACCACAGAAUUUCAAAGUGUAGCUAUCGAAGUAGCUCGAAGAGAUGGCGUCGAUCAAGUAUUACAUGACAAAAAAAAUCUACCGCAUUUAAUACACCAAAAUGAAAAAGGGAAGAUGUGCAACUUUUAGUUUGGGGGAA